UUUUUUUUUUUAUUGUAAUUUCUACUUUUGCUUAAAAUAUUCCUUUUUAUAGUAAAUAAUAAAAAAAUUUUUUGUCUAAAAAAUUUGUCUAUAAAAAAUAAAAUUUUUUUUUUCAGUAAAACAAAUUUCUUAAUAACCAAUGGAAACUGUAUUUAACAAAUUAAAUAUCUCGGAUAAAUAUACUGAUACAAUAGGUACCAAAAAUUGCUCAUAUUGCAAUAUACCUUUUACUGAUGAAGAAUUGUGGUGUAAGGAAUGUAUUAAUUCUUUAGAAAAAUUAGCAGAAAAUGGUGAUAAAGAAGCAAUGUUUAAUUUAGCCAACUGUUAUAAGAAUGAAAAAGGUAUGGAAAAGAAUUUAGAAAAAGCCUUUAAUUGUUAUCAAAAGGCAGCAGAAAAAAAUCAUGUUGAUGCAAUGUUUGGUUUAGUUGCAUGUUAUAGAAAAGGAGUAGGAACAGAAAAAAAUUUUGAAAAAGCAUUUCAUUGGUGUCAAAAAGCAGCAGAAAGAGAUCAUAUUGAUGCAAUUUAUCGUUUAGCUGCAUUUUAUAGAAAUGGAAUAGGAACAGAAAAGAAUUUAGAAAAAGCAUUUCAUUGGUGUCAAAAAGCAGCAGAAAAAAAUCAUAUUGAUGCAAUGUUUGGUUUAGCAAUAUGCUAUGAAAAUGGAGAAGGAAUAGGAAAGAAUUUAGAAAAAGCCUUUAAUUGUUAUCAAAAAGCAGCAAUAAAGGAUCAUAUUGAUGCAAUGUUUAGUUUAGCUAACCACUAUUAUAUUGGAGUAGGAACAGAAAAGAAUUUUGAAAAAGCAUUUAAUUGGUGUCAAAAAGCAGCAGAAAAAGAUCAUAUUGAUGCCAUUUAUUGUUUAGCUGCAUUUUAUAGAAAUGGAAUAGGAACAGAAAAGAAUUUAGAAAAAGCCUUUCAUUGGUUUCAAAAAGCAGCAGAAAAAAAUCAUAUUAAUGCAAUAUUUGGCUUAGCAAUAUGCUAUGAAAAUGGAGAAGGAACAGGAAAGAAUUUAGAAAAAGCCUUUGAUUGUUAUCAAAAAGCAGCAGAAAAUGAUCAUAUUGAUGCAAUGAUUGGUUUAGCUGUAUGUUAUGGGAAUGGAGAAGGAACAGAAAAAAAUUUAGAAAAAGCAUAUCAUUGGUAUCAAAAAGCAGCAGAAAAAGAUUAUAUUGAUGCAAUGUAUGGUUUAGCUACAUUUUAUAGAAAUGGAGUAGGAACAGAAAAGAAUUUUGAAAAAGCCUUUCAUUGGUUUCAAAAAGCAGCAGAAAAAGAUCAUAUUGAUGCAAUAUUUAGUUUAGCUAAUCACUAUUAUAAUGGAGAAGGAACAGAAAAGAAUUUAGAAAAAGCAUUUCAUUGGUAUCAAAAAGCAGCAAAAAAAGACCAUAUUGUUGCAAUGUAUAGCUUAGCUGCAUUUUAUAGAAAUGGAGUAGGAACAGAAAAGAAUUUAGAAAAAGCCUUUUAUUGGUUUCAGAAAGCAGCAGAAAAAAAUCAUAUUAAUGCAAUGUUUGGCUUAGCAAUGUGCUAUGAAAAUGGAGAAGGAACAGAAAAAAAUUUAGAAAAAACCUUUCAGUGGUGUCAAAAAGCAGCAGAAAAAGAUCAUAUUAAUGCAAUGUUUAGUUUAGCUAAUCACUAUUAUAAUGGAGUAGGAAUAGAAAAGAAUUUAGAAAAAGCCUUUUAUUGGUUUCAAAAAGCAGCAGAAAAUGAUCAUAUUGAUGCAAUGAUUGGUUUAGCUGCAUGUUAUGGGAAUGGAGAAGAAACAGAAAAGAAUUUUGAAAAAGCGUUUCAUUGGUGUCAAAAAGCAGCAGAGAAAGACCAUAUUAUCGCAAUGUAUUGUUUAGCUAUAUUUUAUAGAAAUGGAGUAGGAACAGAAAAGAAUUUAGAAAAAGCAUUUCAUUGGUUUCAAAAAGCAGCAGAAAAAGAUCAUAUUGAUGCAAUAUAUAGUUUAGCUACAUUUUAUAGAAAUGGAGUAGGAACAGAAAAGAAUUUAGAAAAAGCCUUUCAUUGGUAUCAAAAAGCAGCAGAAAAAGAUUAUAUUGAUGCAAUGUAU